AUGAAGUUCGGCCGCAAUCUGUCUCAAUUUACCGUUCCCGAGUGGAGCGCCUCUUACAUCAGGUACAAGGCCUUGAAGAAACUUAUCAAGUCUGCUGCUGAGCAGAUUAAGGCGGGCCAGGAGGCUGAUUUGGCCGGCUUUUUCUAUUCGCUCGACCGAAAUGUCGAGGAUGUCGAUUAUUUCUACAACAAGAAGUAUGCCGAGUUUGCGCGCCGCUUGAAGCUCCUCGAAGAGCGGUAUGGCUAUUCUAUGGAAGGUCGCCAUUCGUUGGAACCCGAGGACCGCCAUGACCUCCGCGAAGCGCUUCUGGAUCUGCGGUAUCACUUGCGCCGCUUACAAUGGUAUGGCGAAGUCAAUCGCCGUGGCUUCGUUAAAAUCACCAAGAAGCUGGACAAGAAGGUUGGCGCGCAAGCUCAGAAGCGUUAUCUGGAGACCAAGGUCGAUCCUGCUCCGUUUGCCUCCAAUUCGCGUGUCUUCAAGUCGCAGGACCGUAUUAAUUCUUGGAUGGCUAUCAUUACCGAUCAGUCCAAGGCUGACGAUAAGAUCGCCGAUGAUACGAGCUCCACUCAUUCUUCUUUGUCCUUAAAGCGUGGCGCAACUCGGCCUUAUCUUAACUUGCCUACCAGUGUUUUGACUGCCGUUGAUGAUGCACUGCGCAGGGAUGACACUCAUAUGUUGUUUGAGCUACUUGAGACCUUGAAGGUAUCUGCGGAUGAAGCCGGUGACUCCGUCUACCCCAGAGUCCUCAAGACUCUCAUUCAGCGCUCGAUUCUUCACCGUUCCCAGGCUUGCCUGGCUGCGCUAGUGAAUCGAGCUGACACCCUGGAGGAGGACGAUGACAUUAAUCGCCGUAAUUGCCUUCACCGUCUGGUCAUCUCCAUCGGACGUGAACAGGCAACUAGCGACUCGGAGUCCGCGGCCUCGAUGGUGCUCGAUUUUCCCCCAGAGACUACCCGCUACAUUACACCCGCCGCGCCUCCUACCCUGCAGCCGCCCCGUGCCGUGGUUAAAGAGGAGCAUAUGCCCCAGCAGCUGGGUCGCGAUGACCCUGCUGUUGUCCUUCUUCAAUUCCUGCUGGAUACUCUGCGCCCAGACCAGCGGGAGUCUUUGAUGGCCAAGGACAUUUCUGGCCGCACACCCUUGCACUAUGCGGCCCAGUAUGGGUUCAAGGUGGUCUGCGAAGUGAUCAUAGAGCACCUCAGAGAAUGGGACAUGUUUGACGUCAAUGAUGGAAUCGACGGCCCUUUGUGGCAGGACGAUGAUGGCUGGGCACCUCUCCAUCUAAGUGUUGUGGGUGGUCACCCCAAGACCACCAAAUGCCUCUUGGACGCCGAGAACCGGGGCGAUUCUCAGGAAGCGGGCAGUAUUAGAAAGCAAGUCUCCAAGUCUAGUGCCGUCUUGGCACUUGCGACCAAAGCCAACUUCAUUGAUAUCGUGCACCUUCUGGUGGAUGCCGGUGUGGAUAUCAAUUACCAGGAUGAGCAAGGAGAAACCGCAUUGCACGUCGCUGCUCGAUUUGGCCAUGACGAGUGUGCGAAGAUCCUGCUUGAUGGUACUGCGUACCAAAAGGGAGACACGGAGCUGGCUGAGAAGACAUAUGGCUGGACCCCCUUGUUUAUUGCCUGUGUGGACGGAUGUCUGAGCGUGGCUAAGCUUCUGGUUGCUGCUGGUGCGGAUCUGGAACGUUUCGAUUCGUCCGGCUGGACCGCAAAGGAGCACGCUGCUCUGCGAGGUCAUCUUGACAUUGCUCAGUGUCUGGCAGAAGUCAGCCCCGGCCCUCCUGCUAUUGAGCCCGAUCUUUCAUCGUCUACUCCAAACCUCACUGGCUCCGACUCCUCCUCGCCCCCGGCUCAGUCGUCUCUUACUGACCGUCGGUCGAAUGCGCCUGGUCCCACAUCCGGGAGUUCUGGCCUACGCAAUACUGAACCUAUUAAGACAUUUGGACAUCGGUAUCUCACCGACGAGGCCAUGAUCCUGGUUAGUCUGGGUACCAUGGAUAUGCGCAAGCCCCUCGAGACAGUCAGCCUUGACCGCAUCCCAAUGGAAAACGCGCAUGCCACCCAGCUGGACACAUCUCUGUCGAUGGUUAUCACCGCCAGUGGUGCGCACGGCGAGCCAGAAGUCAUUGACCUGCCUGUGCAGGACAAUAUCUCAACUGAGCCGAUAGUUUUCCACACCACCGAUCCAAGCAAGGUGCGUCUUCUCUUCGACCUUGUCCCCACCUAUGCUGGAUCGAAGGAGAAGGUUGUUGGCCGUGGUGUAGCUCUGCUUUCCAGCAUCAAGCCUACAGUUGGAUCCCACCGGAUUAAUCUCAAGGGUGAUUCCACCGUUCCCAUUGUUGCUGCUAACACUCUGGAAGUGAUUGGCUCUGUAACAUUCAAUUUUCUGGUCAUCACCCCUUUCAAGCACCCCAACAUGUCUAUCACAGGAAACCAGACAUACUGGCGCUCAAUGAGCUCGACAAUGGUCAUUGGUCACCGUGGAUUGGGCAAGAACAUGGCUAGCCGCAAUUCCUUACAAUUGGGCGAGAACACUAUCCAGUCCUUCAUCGCCGCGGCCAACCUGGGUGCCUCAUACGUCGAGUUCGACGUGCAGCUCACGAAAGACCACGUCCCCGUCAUCUAUCACGACUUCCUUGUCAGUGAGACUGGUAUCGACGCGCCUGUCCACACUUUGACGCUAGAUCAGUUCCUCGAGCUGGGCAAAGGUCGUCACCGCAAUGUCCUCGGUCCUGUGAACUUAAAUGGCGAGAUCUUCGACAUCGGUCCCCGCCAGCGCUCAAUGUCAGUCGGCGGCUCGGAGUACAAUCCUGCCGAAUUGACAGAGAAGAUCAAACACACCCGUGAUUUCAAGAAGAAGGGCUUCAAGGGUAACACGCGCGGCGAGCACAUCCAAGCUCCCUUCGCCACCCUCGAAGAACUUUUCAAGAAAAUCCCCCAGCCCGUUGGCUUCAACAUUGAACUUAAAUACCCCAUGCUCCACGAGAGCGAGGAGGAAGAAAUGGACACCUACGCCGUUGAACUGAACUCUUUCGUCGAUACCAUUCUGACAAAGGUCUACGACCUCGGUGUUGGUCGUGAUAUGCUGUUCUCCAGUUUCAACCCGGAUAUCUGUCUACUGCUGUCUUUCAAGCAGCCGUCCAUUCCCGUCCUCUUCUUGACGGACGCGGGCGCUUCCCCGGUUGGUGAUAUCCGCGCUAGCAGCUUGCAGGAGGCCGUUCGGUUCGCUUCUCGCUGGAACCUUCUCGGUAUCGUCAGCCAGGCGCAGCCAUUGGUGCUUUGUCCACGACUGGUUCGCAUCGUUAAGGAAUCCGGUCUUGUGUGUGUCUCUUAUGGAGCGCUCAACAAUGACGGUGCAAACGUCGACUACCAAGUAGCCGAAGGCAUCGACGCCGUAAUUGUCGACUCCGUCCUCGGAAUCACAAACGGUCUCAUCCAACGCCAAAAUAAGGUCGAUCGUACACCGGGCCCAUCGCCUAACCCAUCGGCUCUCAGUGACACCGCCAGCGCCGUCCGUCCUGUUAAUGUAACUACUAUCCUCUAA